CUAACUUACACAACAUUUCGAUUUCUUGUGAUCCUACGAAGGGUUUUUUGUGGGCCGAUCGCGCAACCAGCGAAACGUUUUCGCCAGAAAUUUCCUGUUUUUCCGGUUCCCAUGUUCUCUGCUGGCACGCGCGUGCACCAACUGGUGGCAACAGGAAGGUUGUGUAGAAGAGAAAGACAACCGUGCAUAAAGGAUGCGUGUAGAGCGCGUUCGCAGCCUUAUGCGUAUCUGACGUUAUCACAGCAUUGCCGCAGCUUCUCAGGCCGGAGUUAACGAUCAAAAUGCGGUGUGCAAUUUUGUUAAUGCUCUGUCUCGUGUCCCUACCCUGUUUGCAGCUGGCUGAUGGUGCGCCGCACCAGCGUCUCAUCAAAAGGCCGCACAGAGUUCCGAGGACCAAGCAUUCAGCCCCAGAGAUGACUGAAGUAAAGGCUCGCUUUCCAGAGGUUACCUUUGAGCAAGUGCAGGAUGUUUUAAAACAUCAUGGCAAGAAAGGAGCCGUGAUUGAUGUUCGUGAACCCCAGGAGCUCAUCGAUGAUGGCAGAGUCAAAGGCUUUAUCAACAUUCCUUUGAAAGAUGUGCAGGAAGCAUUUGGGAUGCACCCUGAAGAUUUCAAGAACCGUUACCACGUGGAGAAGCCCGACCCGAAAAAAGACAUCAUCUUUAGCUGCCGCUCCGGAAGAAGGGCAGCGAUUGCCGCAGAGAAGCUAGAAGAACUGGGCACCUAUCACAAAAUCAAAGUGCUAUGCUGGGAGCUUCCAAGACUGGUUUAUGCGAAAGGGUGAGUUCAUUCAAGGACCUGAAGAGAACACCAAGGCUGCCGGGGAUAUGAAGAAAAAGGAGAAAAAGGAAAGUGAUGGCGCAGAUGAAGAAGAUGAAGACGAUUAGUCGCAUAAUAAAUGCUGCUUACUAUGAAGAAAA